UCCAUGCAUGAAUGCAUCCCACCCACGACGACAAGCCAACUCCGUCAUCCUUUUGACACUAUAAAACCCAUGGCGCGACUCGCGAGUGGUCCCAGCCCAGCCCCCAAGUGACAAGUCCAAAGCCCUAGCUAGCUGGUUCACUUCACUAUUCACUCGUCGUGUGGUCUAGCUAGCUAGUGUCUACUAGCUCGUUUGUUGGGUAGCCCAGCCUAUUGCUAGUUACGUCGUCGAGUGGCUGCUGGCAAUGGCGGACCAGGCGGUGGCAGCGACGACCGCGCACGACCAGCACCAGCAACAGCAGCGGAGGCGGCGCUCGCGGGCGUCGAGCGAGUACCUGGGCGUGCGGCGGCGGCCGUGGGGCAGGUACGCCGCGGAGAUCCGGAACCCGGUGACCAAGGAGCGCCACUGGCUCGGCACCUUCGACACAGCCGAGGACGCCGCCGUCGCCUACGACCUCUCAGCGAUCUCCAUCUCCGGCCCCGCCGCCGCGCGCACCAACUUCUGCUACCCGCGCGGGGCCGCCCGCGGGCUCCCCUCGGCGCACGCGCUCCCGCGGCAGGGGCUGCAGCUGCUGCCUCACUCUCCGGCGGUGCCAUCCCCGGCGGCGCCGCCAUCGGCGUUGUUGCCCGCGGGUGGCGGCGGCGGCGGUGGAACGGUGGAUGGCUGUGAUUAUGAUUGUGAAUGGCGCCACCUCAAGGCGGUGGAGGAGGCCGAUGCCGACGACGAGUCCAUGACGAUCGCGGCCAUUCUGCAGAGCUUCCAGCAUCUGAACGCUCCAUCGGCACCCCCUGCCUCGCUGUAUUAGCUGUACUGUACGCGUGUGACCUGUUUGAGAACUGGGCCAGAGAGUAUGAGUGUAUGACGUGGGGGUGAUGUAUGCUCAUAGUCAUAACCCGUGUCAGCCAUACAUCUUUAGCAUGUCGCAUUCUAGUUUCUUAUUACUCCAUUUGGUACACCCUUUUACCAGUAAUAGACAAGAAGAACAACAAUAACAACAA